GAUUAGCAUUUUCCAAGUGCAUGGUGUUCUCAAUCCAGCCUUUUGGCUUGCUAAAAAACACAAUAUUUUAAUUCAUUUCUUCCCGCUUUGUACACAUUUUUGUGUACCACCACAACUGAAGGUAAAAUACAUGUUCUAUCAUUUAAUUCUGUUUUAUACUAACAUUCAGUGUGCAGUGAGGUCAGAUUUUAUGUGACUGAUGGCUGACAUGCCCCAUUGCCUCGACUUGACAAAUACUUGCCAUGUUGUUUAAAUUAUCAUUAUCCUUUUAUUGGAGUAAGAAUGAAUAAGCAGAAGUGUAAUAAUAAAUAUUUUUUAUUAGGCAAAUCUGGUUAAGUCUUUAGCAUUUCUUACAAACAAUAGAUGUCUCUCAGUCAUAAAAAAAAAAUCUCAUAAUGAGAUGGAUGUCUUGCUGGUUCCUUGGAGAAAUGUGCUGGCAGUCUGUCAGUCUGUCUGCAACUGGGCUGUAGGUCAGUUUGGGAGUACAGUAUUAAUACAGGGUGAGCCAAUCACGUGGCUCGGCGAAUGUUUCGCAAUUGGCUUCGUCCUGUUGCGUCUUGUGACGGCGCACGGCGGUAGGCCAUCACCCCUGCUUUUAUACGGCCAACGGGCUACUUGGCAAUUCUUUUCUGUUGUUCCUUAUUCUGCCAAAUCCAGCUUGAUGCUCAAGCCACACCUCAAGAUGGUCAUCUUUGGACCCGGCGCUGCUUACGCCGCUUGCACCCCUGGCUGAGCCUGACCUGGAGUCGAAAAUGAACUGGGGGACCUUUUAUGCCGUGAUCAGCGGCGUAAACAGGCACUCUACUGGCAUUGGACGCGUCUGGCUGUCCGUCAUCUUCAUCUUCCGUAUCCUGGUCCUGGUGGUUGCUGCUGAGAGUGUUUGGGGAGAUGAGAAGUCCGGCUUCACCUGCAACACCCAGCAGCCCGGCUGCAACAGCGUCUGUUACGACCAGUUCUUCCCCAUCUCGCACAUCCGCCUGUGGGCGCUCCAGCUCAUCUUGGUCUCCACCCCCGCCCUGCUGGUGGCCAUGCAUGUGGCCCACCGCCGCCACAUUGACAAGAAGAUCCUGAAGAGGACGGGACGCUGCAGCCCCAAGGAGCUGGAACACAUCAAGAGCCAGAAGUUUCAGAUAACCGGAGCUCUGUGGUGGACUUACAUGAUCAGUAUCGUCUUCAGAAUCGUCUUCGAGGUGGCUUUUCUCUACAUCUUCUACUUGAUCUAUCCUGACUUUAAGAUGGUGCGUUUGGUAAAGUGUGACUCAUACCCAUGCCCCAACACAGUAGACUGUUUUGUGUCCAGACCGACAGAAAAGACCAUAUUCACUGUGUUCAUGCUGGCAGUGUCUGGGGUGUGUGUGCUGCUUAACUUGGCUGAGGUGGUAUACCUCAUAGGCAGGGCCUGCAAACGGUGCUGUCGAGGAUCUGACGAAGAGUCCAACGCAGCUUGGAUAAGUCGUAGAUUGUCUUCUUAUAGGCAAAAUGAAAUCAAUCAGCUGAUAGCAGACCAGUCUCUCAAGUCUAAGUUUGCUGUGACCAAAAAGAGCCCAACUGAGAAGGGUGAAAGGUGUUCUGCUUUCUGAGACUCUGCCUCUCCUGUUCCCUUUAAACUAAUCAGCAUGUCCAUGGAGCAUGUUGCUCUGCAUUAAUGUCACAUAUACUGUAUAUUGGAUUAUUGUCAGCAGACCAGUUGGUUAUCAUUCAGUCAGUUGCUUCUUGAGUCAUCUGUUUUUUCUUUAUCGGUUUUACUGACACUAGUUGCUGUCGGAACUCGUCUAAAACUCUUUGGAGCCAGUAGUGGGGGUUAAAGGACCGUACUGGUGUUUUUGCAUGUUUUAGCCCAUUUUCUGUGGACGUUGGUUCAGAUUCAUUUGAUUUUUGGUUUUGUUUGAAUACAGCAUGAGAAGCAAAGGCUCACGUUUUCUUGAGCUAAAGAAGCCAUGUUUGUCAGCAACAAACCCUAAUUUUUGUCAAACAUUAUGGUUUAGUAUGGUAGGAAAUGUGCAUAGAUUGUAUAUAGAUAAAAAUAUCCUUGCUUUCUUGCUAGAAACCGUCAACAGCUGCCAUACAGUUCACAAUGUAUGAAAAUCAUGCCCAUCAAGCAACAUUGAUUUGAAAAAGAUAAGAUGAAUAUUUAUGAUUUGGCAUUUUAACGGUUUUAUUUGAAAAAACAGAUCAAUUCUUGGAUGCGAGUUUCUCACCAGCACAUACCAACCAACACAUUUUCCAACCUGCAGAUUUUUUCACUUUCAACAAAAUGUUGCUUCGACACCAAACAGGAUGGUUUAUCUCUUUAAGAAACGUACACAAAGUCUUAACAAAUCAAUUUAUAUACCAUACUUAAAUUAAAGGAAACGUGCAGCUGUCUGGAUGGCACUGAAACAAUAAAACUAAAACAUUAUAAGCCUUGGAAUAUGCUCAGUAGUAACAUAAAUAAUUUCUAGUAAAUCAGCCAAAAUGUGCAAAAACACAGGUAUGGUCCUUUUAUAGAAGCAAAUAUUACCGUAGAGAAUAAAAUGCUGGAUAGAAAGUGAACUUUUUAUUUUCAUUAAAAAUAUUGUUAAUAUGUACCAUAUUUAAUUCCAGUCUGAGUCAAAGCUAGGUAAUGAAGGAAAGGGUCAUUUAUGUGAGUAAAAGCCGUUUAAUGUCAGUAACAGGCCUUUAAGCCAAUAAUGGUAAGCUUAGAUUUUUAUUACAGUUUUAGUUGUUUGAUUUAGCUAAACCUUGUGCAGACAGCUGUAACUAUUAUGUAACUUGGCAUACUGUUGUGGAAAUAUAACAGUUGGUGCUAGUAAACCAAAGAAACCUUUAAAAUACUGUCCAGAUAUGGUGUCAUUGGAUGUGUUUUUUCUACAGAUGAUUGAAAAAUAACAUUAAUUUGAAAGCAAUUUUCCACACACAUAUAUCCAUUACUUUACACUAUUAAUAAAAUAUGUAAUCGGAACAGAAUGGUCAGAAUGGUGAACAGACCAACAUUUUUCCGAGUCUGUGACUUUUCAAUAAACCUUAAAAUCUUACAAUACUGGAGGAACUGUUGAAGAUGCCACAUGAUAUUCAACUGAUGAAAUGGCAAAAUUACAAUAAUUUAUUCGGUCUUGUUCCUCCUUCACUUGUCUGCUGGGUCACUUUUAGAACACUGCAAAUCCCAGUACUGUACAUACGUCUUUGGAUUUGUAUAUGUUAGAAUUCAAUUGUGAAUACUGCCUACUUACUUCCCUGCAGCUUCUGUUUGAGGUGAUCUCUUUUUUGUUGUUGUUUGUUUCAGAAAGAUUUUGAGGUUGACCUACUUUUUAACAGAGACCCAUCACUGUCUGACAGACCUUUAAUAUUACUCUGCAGAGUAUAUUAUUCAGUGCCUCUCUGGUCCUGAAAAUGUAAUGACCCAUACGCUGGUAUCUGUUUAUACAACUGUUCUAUUCUACAGUUAUUCAUAUUAUAUUGCAUACAGUACCCUGAUGUUGACACAUAUGUGUAAAUGUACAUCACAUACACAUAUCAAUUUACAUCCGGGUAAACAAUCCACUUAAUACUGUAUAUAAUAUGGGUUGAAACUAUAUGUGUACAUUGUGUAAUAUAAAGAAAUAAACUGCCUUAUAAUUUGA